UCAAGUGUCGCCGUCGUUGUGUUGGCUGUUCGCUGUUUACCCUCGCCGCAAGAAUGCCGGAGUUAGCAGUAGAAAAUGUGGUUGUACAUCCGCUCGUGUUACUAAGCGUGGUGGACCAUUUUAACAGAAUAGGGAAAGUUGGCAACCAGAAACGAGUGGUUGGUGUUCUACUUGGGUCUUGGCAGAAAAAAAUUCUUGAUGUUUCAAAUAGUUUUGCUGUGCCAUUUGACGAAGAUGAUAAGGAUGACUCGGUGUGGUUCUUGGACCAUGACUACCUGGAGAACAUGUAUGGCAUGUUCAAGAAAGUUAAUGCCAGAGAGAGAAUUGUUGGAUGGUACCACACAGGACCAAAACUGCAUAAGAAUGACAUCGCCAUCAAUGAACUCGUCAAACAAUACUGCACAAAUUCAGUGUUAGUCAUCAUUGAUGUGAAGCCCAAAGAUCUUGGCUUACCCACAGAAGCAUACAUCUCAGUGGAGGAAAUACAUGAUGAUGGAACUCCAACAUCCAAGACAUUUGAACACGUCACCAGUGAGAUUGGAGCUGAGGAAGCAGAGGAAGUUGGAGUAGAACACCUUCUCAGAGACAUCAAGGACACAACAGUAGGCACUCUGUCCCAGCGCAUCACUAACCAGGUCCAUGGCCUGAAGGGACUCAACUCUAAGCUACUGGACAUUCGGUCCUACCUGGAGAGAGUGGCAGCAGGUAAACUGCCCAUCAACCACCAGAUCAUUUACCAACUGCAGGAUGUCUUCAACCUACUUCCAGAUGUAAAUCUGCUGGAGUUCACUAAAGCCUUCUACCUGAAGACCAAUGACCAGAUGCUGGUUGUUUACCUGGCCUCUCUCAUCCGCUCAGUAGUGGCUCUGCACAACCUGAUCAACAACAAGAUUUCCAACCGAGAUGCAGAGAGGAAGGAGGGACAGGAGAAGGAAGAAGGCAAGAAAGAGAAGAAAGAUGAUAAGGAGAAGAAGGAGGAGAAAAACAAGGAGAAGGAAAAAGGGGAUGUCACCAAGAAAGAUGAGAAGAAGAAGAAAUAAGUGUUUUCUGCUACCAGUGGUGCCCAACCCUGCCGGUUUUCACUGCAGCCCUGAUUUAACACGUCUGAGUCAAUUAAUCAAAGUCUUGGUCAGUAGCUAGUUAGUAGAAUCAGGUGUGUUAAAUCAGGGUCGGGGUGAAAAACGGCAGGAUGGUAGCACUCCAGGAGCAGGGUUGGGCACCAAUGUGCUAGACUGUCACUCAAAUCAUACCUUCUUCAUGCUGAUGGUGCUCCAAUUUAGUCCUGAGUACAGUUUAUUAAAUGGGUCUCAUGCUAAAAGUAGGGCUCUAUAUGGAGGGUGGUGUCACUUGAGAUUUGGCCUUGCAGUCUGAACAGGCACUCGAGACUUUCGAUGUCGUACGGAGGACGAGAUGGUGUUUCUGUCAUUUGUGUUCUUUACUGAAAGAACAUGUAUAUUCUGUUUUCGCAGUUUGCUCCCGGUGUUGUAAAACACCUUGUUUUGCUAUUUUGUAAGUUGGAGAAAAUGUUUCUCAAUCACAUUAAAUUGGGAUUAUAUUAAAGGUU